GGAGCAGUUGCUGCCAGCCAGCCAGGGAACUGGCAUCUUGGCUGGGCCUGGAGUGGAGCCAAAGUGUCGGCAUGGAGAGACUGACACCGAGGGGACCACCUGGCCAUCCUCACCAGAGGGAGGCCUCUACCUGCUGGCGGCUCACCGUGAAGGUCCUGGAGGCACGGGGCCUGGGCUGGGCUGACCUGUUGAGCGAGGCAGACCCCUAUGUGAUCCUACAGCUGCCAACCGCACCUGGAACGAAGUUUAAGACCAAAACAGUUACCAACUCCAGUCAUCCUGUGUGGAACGAGACCUUCACUUUCCUGAUCCAGGGGGAGGUCAAGAACGUUCUGGAGCUGACCCUCUAUGAUGAGGACACAGUCACGCAGGAUGACGCCUGGUUCAAGGUUCUCUAUGAUGUCUCUGAUGUCCUCCCUGGCAGGCUGCUCCGGAAGACCUUCUCCCUGUGCGCCCAGGGACCGGAGGAGCUGGACGUGGAGUUCCUGAUUGAGAAAAUGUCAGACCGCCCGGAAAACCUCAUCACCAACAAUGUGCUUGUGGCCCGAGAGCUGUCACGCCUGGAUGUCCAUGUCGUCAGCACGGCUGUGGCUGCAGAUCAGGAUGAGCUGGAGCUGCUGCUGAAGGGCUCGUAUGAGGACACGCAGACAUCUGCCCUGGGCACAGCCUCUGCCUUCUGCUUCCACUACAUGGCAGCCCAAGAGGCCGAGCUGAGUGGGUGCCUGAGGAGCUCUAUAAGCAGUGGCUGGAACUCAGGCAGCUCAGCUGGGCACCUCACUGUGCCCCUGAGGUCCUUGGCCAUGGGGAAGGAGGUGACCAUUGACGUGCCUGCUACAAAUGCCCCAGGAGUGAAGCUGCAGCUCAAGGCUGAGAGCUGCCCUGAGGAGCUGGCUGUACAUCUGGGCUUCGAUCUGUGUGUGGAGGAAAGAGCCUUCCUGAGCAGGAGGAAGCAGGUGGUGGCCAAGGCCCUGAAGCAGGCCCUGCAGCUGGAUGGAGAGCUGCAGGAAGAUGAGGUCCCUGUUAUAGGCAUCAUGGCCACAGGAGGAGGCGCCCGGGCCAUGACCUCUCUCUACGGCCACCUGUUGGCCCUGCAGAAGCUAGGCCUUCUGGACUGUGUGACCUACUUCAGUGGCAUCUCAGGCUCUACAUGGACAAUGGCCCAUCUGUAUGGGGACCCUGAGUGGUCGCAGAAGGACCUCAAGGGACCCAUCAGUCAUGUCCGGGAGCACCUGGCCAAGAGUAAGCUGGAGGCCUUCUCUCCUGAGUGCCUGGCCAGCUACCACCGGGAGCUGGAGCAGCGGGCUGAGCAGGGCCACACCACGACUUUUGUGGACCUGUGGGGUCUGGUGCUGGAGUUCAUGCUGCAUGGUCAGGUGGUGGAUCAGAAGCUGUCAGGACAGAGAGCUGCGCUGGAGCGGGGCCAGAACCCUCUGCCCCUCUACUUGAGCCUCAGUGUCAAAGAGAACAAUCUGCAGACCCUGGACUUCAAGGAGUGGGUCGAGUUCUCCCCCUACGAGGUCGGGUUCCUGAAGUAUGGAGCCUUUGUCCCUCCUGAGCUCUUCGGCUCUGAGUUCUUCAUGGGGCGGCUGAUGAAGAGGCUCCCUGAGUCCCGGAUCUGCUUUCUGGAAGGUAUCUGGAGCAACAUUUUCUCCCUGAACUUGCUGGACGCCUGGUACGACCUCACCAGCUCUGGUGACACCUGGAGGCAGCACAUCCGGGACAAGAUCAGGGACCUGGAGGUGCCCCCUGCCUCCUCGGGGACCUCCUCAAGGCCAGAGGCCUUGUGGAUGCAGCCCGGAACAGCACUGGCCCAGAUGUUUAAAGGCUUCUUGACAAGCCGACCACUCUACCAGCACAGCUCCAACUUCCUCCGGGGCCUCCAGAUGCAUAAGGACUACUGUGCCCAGAAAGACUUCACCACCUGGGCAGACUGCCAGCCAGAGUCCUCUCCCAACCAGCUGACCCCGCAGGAGCCCCAGCUCUGCCUGGUGGAUGCCGGCUACUUCAUCAACACCAGCUGUCCCGCCAUGUUCCGGCCAGGCCGCAGGCUGGACCUCAUAAUCUCCUUCGACUACUCUCUAUCCUCGCCCUUUGAGGUGCUGCAGCAGACAGAGCUGGACUUCCGGGCCCGGGGGCUGCCGUUCCCCCGCGUGGAGCCCAGCCCCGAGGACCGACGCCAGCCCCGGGAGUGCCAUCUCUUCUCGGACCCCGCCUGCCCCGACGCCCCUGUCCUGCUGCACUUCCCACUGGUCAACGCCUCCUUCAAGGACCACUCAGCCCCCGGUGUCCAGCGUGGCCCUGCAGAACUCUCGGCUGGCCAGAUAGAUCUCACUGGGGUCACCUCGCCCUAUUCCAUGUUCAACAUGACCUACAAGGAGGAAGACUUCAACCGCCUGGUGCAGCUCAGUGACUACAAUGUACGGAGCAGCCAGGACACCAUCCUGCAGGCCUUGAGGACCGUUCUGAAGCGCCGGGCCCCAGAGGCCAGGCCUCCAAGGGUGCAGACUUGAGACUUCUCAGGGGCCCCGGGUUUUGAGGGCCUCACUGACCCCUCCAGGGGCGGAGGGCUCA